AUGAGAAGUGAGCCGCACACUCCACCUCGCAGGACAAAUCCAGGAAAAUCACAGAGUAAGAAUGUUAUUGCUCUUCUGUCCUCCAGGUUCUUUGUGAACUUCCCAUCGGCCAAGCAGUACUUCAGCCAGUUUCAGGACAUGGAUGACCCAGAGGAGAUGGAGCGCAGUGUCCAGCUGAGGCACCACGCCCGCCGGGUGAUGAGCGCCAUCAACACGGUGGUGGAGAACCUCCACGACCCAGAGAAAGUGUCCUCUGUUCUGGCUCUGGUGGGCAAGGCGCAUGCUGUCAAACACAAGGUGGAGCCUAUGUACUUUAAGAUCCUGUGUGGUGUAAUGCUGGAGGUGUUCUCGGAGGACUUCCCAGAAUUCUUCACGGCAGAAGUGCAAAUGGUGUGGACCAAACUGAUGGGGGCGGUGUACUGGCAUGUGACGGGCGCCUACACAGAGGUUGGCUGGGUGCAGAUCUCCAGCUCGGCAGUGUGAGGGGCGAUAGCAGGGGAGUGCAGGGCUGUAACGGUCUGUACGGAUCCUGAAGGGGAAGUUUGGUCUCUGUAAUGCCCCUGUCCAAGAAAAAUGAAGGGAACAGGGAUGGAGGAAGGUGAUUUUUAGGGCUGCGACUGUUCAUAGAAUAUCUUGUUGUGUUCAACUUUUGGGGGAGUCGUUCCCCUCUCCCUACUGACUCAUUGUGUGUACUUUACUGUAUAGCCCCUGAGGUGUUGUCUGUAUAGCCCCUGAGUUGUUGUCUGUAUAGCUCCUGGGAUGUUGUCUGUAUAGCGUACAGUAAGUGAGUGUGUGUAUUCUCUUAUGCCGUCAUUCAACACUCAUUGUAGUAUCGUAAAUCUUCAAUGUUUUCAAGGGAACUAAGGGCUCCAUUUUAGGGAGUUUUGUUGCUCACUGAAAGUAUGCCACUUUGGAUUCCCAAAUACACCCUGUCUCUUUCCAUGCCCAUCUCAUGCACUAUACAAACACACCCAUCUGCUAUCACCCUGUCCAUACGGCAAAUGGCUAUUUAAAUGUAUAAACAGUUUCAAAGUGAUGGGACAGAGCCACAGGCUGACAGACCACUGUUAGGGUAUCAUCUCCUCUUUAUAAGCAUGCACGCACGAGCACACACACACACACACACACACUCACACACAUACACUGCUCUGCCAACUUUGACCACCCAUAUGCUAAUAUUUACGGAGCAUUUACUUGGUUUACAUUUCCUCAUUAAGAAACGGACUCCGGAGGUCUCUGGAAAUACAACGGACCCUUUGAAGUAGCAUCAGUAUAUAUUUKACCUCUGAACCACUAGGGYAAGAAAAAAKAUUCAUAUCGACCAUAUCUAAUAUACUAAGCACUCUACAACCCUACCAAGAGGUCUAGACACUUUGGUACAGUUUAAACCAUGUUGGGUUGGCAUGCACAAUACGACGACACAAGUUGGAGCCCUGCUCCCAACUUUUCCCCUGAAUACACUACAAAUGGAUUUUGAAUGUCAGUUUAGAUCCAAUCUCCUCUGUGUCUCUGAUGGUAACUCCUGCGCUCUGGUCCCUCUCGGCUUUGUCAUUUACCAUUAACGAGGAAGUAAUGGGGCUCCGCUCUUCCUCUUCUGGUCGUUCAUCAAAUAUCUCCACUGCUCUCUCAUCCUUUCUUUCCUCUGGCCAAGUGCUGAGAGAAAACAUCCCUCUAUCUGCUUUGCUACCAUGGCUACUUGGCUAAUAAUAUAAUUCUACUCAUAUUCUACUGCCUUCUCCUUUGUUGUUCCUUUUGGAGGCCAGCAGUAAUGUUCCAAGAUGAAGGAUAUACAGUAGGCGUACAUGGCUGAUAAAUAACCGCCACAGGAAGUCGAGCUAAUACAAUAUGACAAACUCAUUCAGCAAGAGACAAGUGGCUGUAGAUGAGAGGAAACGAGGUGGAUUACUGUAGAGGUUGUUGUAUAUAAUACAUUCUCUCUCCCAUUACACCUAGAGUACAAUACACGCACCAGUCUCACACUGUUAGCAAAACAUUUGACGUACAAYCCCGUUAGAGGUCAGGCUCCUCUGUUCCUCUGAGUAGCUCGGGAUGGAGGAGUAUUUGUGUUAGGCCUGAACCACCCCGACMGGUUGUUUAUUAAACCCAUGUCACCCAUAAUUCACAAAAUGGCUACAUAAUCUUUUUUCUCCCUUCAGCUGUAAGCUCGUACCCUCCAUCUGCAGAGUUUUCCUCCCUGACACUCUCUCGUGAACACACACACRCACACAAACACACAAGCAUAUGUAGACAUCAUAUACUACAUCUGGGACUUCUUGUUGUGAUUUGUUUUUUUGUCAGUCMGUUUUAAAGCUUGGACUUUAUAUUUUUCUAAAUAUAUAAAACAAAAUGAUUAUCUGUAUAUGUAUUUGGAAUACUGUAUAUGACUGAGAUUAUAUACAUUUGUUGACUGGGGGAGUGGGAGUGGUUUUGUGCUGUUUUAGCAUGUUUGCACAGCCUACUACAGACGUGUACCUUUGCAGACCUGGUGAAAUUAACUAUCAAUGACUAUCAAUAAAGUGAUAA